GUAAAACACCAAGAAAUUCCACCACAAAGUAAGGCCUGUGCAUUAGUUGUUUGAGAAAGCCGACACGAUUCCAUCCUAUUUGUACAUUACCAUACAUAUACUUAUACAUUACCAUUCAGACUUGUAAACUACCAUAUAGACUUUUAAAUUACCAUAAAGACUUGUACACUAUAAUAUAGAUUGGUACGUUACCGCAUAGACUUCCACAUUACCAUAAAGACUGUUUAUUAUAAUAAAACAAUGUUGAACUUUAAAUAUUGCUACCAGAUGUCGGUCAUAAUAUUCUUAUCGAAGACAAUUUUCGGACAGGUUUGUCAAUCUGGAUUUUCGCGUGUCAGUCCGGAUAAAUCUGGAGAGAGACUGAAUGGAUCUGUUUAUAUAACAUUUCACAACUACGGACCAAACAGUUGCUUCGAUGAAUGCAUCCGAAGACCGAGAUGCCAUUCGUUCAACUACAACAUGGAUUCUUUCCAUUGUGAAAUAAAUGAAAAACCCUCACCGGAAGUGUUCCUAUCAGAAUCCGGAUAUGAAUAUGUUUACAUCUCGCCUUAUAGACAGACAUCACGUGAUCCAUGUACCUCAGAUUGUGCAGAAGGAGACAUAUGUAUUACUUUGUAUAAUGGGAUGUGUACAUGCUUGGUUGAUGAUGACGACACAAUAAGGUAUGAGGCGACAACUCAAAUGACCACUGAGAGCGAAACUACCACUGAAAGUACAACUGUGGUAAAAACAACUCAAUCAGGAGCGACAACUGAAGAAAAGACAACUCAAUCAGAGGCGACUACUGAAGAAAUGACAACUCAUUCAGAGGCGACAACUGAAGAAAUGACAACUCAAUCAGAGGCGACAACUGAAGAAAAGACAACUCAUUCAGAGGCGACAACUGAAGAAAAGACAACUCAAUCAGGGGCGACAACUGAAGAAAAGACAACUCAAUCAGGGGCGAUAACUGAAGAAAAGACAACUCGAUCAGGGGCGAUAACUGAAGAAAAGACAACUCAAUCAGGGGCGAUAACUGAAGAAAAGACAACUCAAUCAGGGGCGACAACUGAAGAAAAGACAACUCAAUCAGGGGCGACAACUGAAGAAAAGACAAUUCAAUCAAGGCCUACAACUGAGUCCGCAACAAAUACGUCAUCAAAAACCGUAUCAGUUUCUACUGAUCACCAAGCUACAACUACAGUUCAAGACACUACAAGGCUCCAAGAUACAACUCAACAGCAAGUUGUCACUGAGCAGCAAACCAGUGUAGAUGUUACCUCAACAGAACCGACAACAAUCAAUAAUAUUACAGAAUUAUCAACAGAUGCUCUGUCAACGACAGCUUAAAUCGCAUGCAUUCAUUUUGUGAAUCAAGUUUAAGUAGCUCUUAGAAGCUGUUAAAAAUCUUCUAGUAUUGUAUUUAAAUAAUAGUGUAGUAGAAAAUAACAUUACAUGCAUUCAAAAUAUUCUUUACUGACCAUGUGAAUCAACGACAACUUAUAGAUCAUGCAUUCAUUUUUUGAACUGAGCUUAACAGCUGUAAACAAUCUACUAGUAGUAGAAAAUUCUAGCAGAAAAAUAGGAUGAAAAUACACAUUUUAGCAUAUUCUUGACCAACCGUGCAAAGGUUUUAAAGUAAAUCACGGUAGUUCAACACUCGUAGUACAGUAGUAGAUAUUCUUGAAAAUAUCGCAGAGGAAUAUAAGACUGAUUUUCCAAAAUAAUAAGAUUAUUUAGAAAAUUAACUAUGGUGCCUUGUUUCAAAUUUGUUACGUCAAUGAAUUUCAAAAUUUAAAGAUGACAAAUGAAUAGUUUUACAAGACGAUCCUUUCUAAAACCAUGUACAUUAACCGUUAUAGAUAUACAACUUAAAAUGAAUGGCCAUUUCAUGUUUAUAGGUUUAUGAACCGAAUUAUUGUUUUCUUUUCACAAUUUAAGUAAUUUCUCUAAGCUUUGUCUUACUUUAUUGAUUACUAUUUAACCUAUUUGAUGUAACAACCAAAAUAUGGAAGUAUUUAAUUUGUUUUUAUGAAUACCGUUUCAUUAAUACACUGAUAUGCCAUUGUGCGCAAAAGUGGAUGGCACCCAUCCUUGUUGCCACUAAAUUUGAAAAUUUUAAACAGCCAAUGAAUAUAAGGCGACUCAUGUUUCUGUUACUUAAAAGAAGAAAGUCUCUAUGGUAACGAUCGGACAUUUUGAUGAUUUUAAAGUCAAAUAUCAACAGUUUACAUGUAUAUGCCGUAUUCUUAGAUUAAUCACGACUAGGUAUUUAAGUUACUGCGUCUGAAUGUUUUUUCUGUUAAAUUGGUUUUGAAGUUAAAAUACAUUUAUUGUGAAUUGUGUAAAUAGUGCCAAAAUUUUGGAACCAUUGGAAAGAGCGCCAAGUGACUAUAUACAUGUAUCUAUGGCGUUUUAGUAUACAAAUCCUUGUAAUUGUAUAAUUAUAAAACAGAUCCAAUGUAUAAGUGUACAUUUGUC